UGGCACACUUCUGUUUUGGGCUCAUUAACAGCAACUCUUUUUUCGCUUGAUAAUCCACGCUCUCUACCAUUAUUACCUAAAUAUACACCAGUAAUGACAGUUGCCACCGAGAAAGAACAGUUGUUGAUUCUGCUAAAGUCAUUUUCCAACUCUCAAUCAACCAGAGUAGCACUGUACAAGGAAUUUGACGAUGCCUUUACAGAUUACAAGGCGAAGCGGCUGCCAAUAGAUCAGUACCAGUCGAUUUGCGGAAUCGUGACUGACGGGUUUCAGGAAGUGUCCCAGCAAAUCCAAACCAUUGAACGCCAACUUAGAGACACCUAUUCCCGAGAAGAUUUAGCACAAUUGAUUCGAAGAGUUCAAGAGGGUGAGCGAGAAAAACUUAAACUGACUGUAAACAUUCAAAUAUGGGAGAUUGAAUCUGAGGCGGGCGAUAAGGACUUUACUGAAGCUAUAGCUGAGGCGCGACCGAAAUUGGCGGGAAUACUAGAGUCCAUCAACGAUGUAUUAGAAGAGGUGCGAGAGGCAACGUCAGAAUUAUCAUACGAUUGAAUAAAACCCAGCCUUUGACAUGUCAAAGAGGUACAAGCUUGUGAAGAACAUUUAAGCUUAGACUCCAGCUCGACACGUGAGACAGCUGGGCAUUUUUUAAAUCUUUCAUUUCAGAUUGGUCAUCUCAUCCCCGCUUCUCCACCUUGUCCUCUAUCACGUCCCUAUGAAAAUCGUGCCUGAAGUUGAAGCCAAGUUUCCUCGGCUUGCCGAGAAUGUCCACAUGUGGAAUC